CCAAAAGUAUACAGCACAAAUCUUCUCCUCUUCUUUAAUAACUUUUAGAAACACAAAUAAAAGUAUGGGUUGUGCUAAAUCAGCCAUGCUGAUCCUCUUACUAGCAACGGUCAUGGCUUCUUGUGCCACGGCCAUGGACAUGUCCGUCCUUGCCUAUGACGAUAGCCACCACGUGACAGCCGGUGUUUUCGACGCUGAGGCGACCAUGAUGUUCGAGUCAUGGAUGAUCAAACAUGGGAAAGUGUACGAGUCCGUUGCUGAGAAGGAACGACGUUUAACAAUUUUUGAGGACAACCUCCGUUUUAUCACUAACCGGAACGCUAAGAAUCUCAGCUACCGGCUAGGUUUGAACCGGUUUGCGGAUUUAUCGCUCCAUGAGUACGCACAAAUUUGCCAUGGUGCUGAUGCAAGACCUACUAGGAACCAUGCCUUCAUGACUAGCAGCGACCGGUACAAGACUAGUGCUGGUGAUGUGCUUCCUAAGUCCGUUGACUGGAGAAACGAAGGUGCAGUGACUGAAGUCAAAGAUCAAGGAUAUUGCAGGAGUUGUUGGGCUUUCUCUACUGUGGGAGCAGUGGAAGGCUUAAACAAGAUUGUAACGGGUGAGUUGGUCACUUUGUCUGAGCAAGAUUUGAUUAACUGUAACAAAGAAAACAAUGGUUGCGGAGGAGGCAAAGUCGAGACUGCCUAUGAGUUCAUCAUGAACAACGGUGGUCUUGGUACCGACAACGAAUAUCCUUACAAAGCUGUUAAUGGAGUCUGUGAUGGCCGCCUCAAGGAAAACAACAAGAACGUUAUGAUUGAUGGAUAUGAGAAUUUGCCUGCAAACGACGAAUUUGCUCUAAUGAAAGCUGUUGCUCACCAGCCUGUGACUGCCGUUGUUGAUUCAAGCAGCCGAGAGUUUCAGCUCUAUGAAUCGGGAGUGUUUGAUGGAUCUUGCGGAACAAAUCUAAACCAUGGAGUUGUUGUGGUCGGAUAUGGAACCGAGAACGGUCGUGAGUACUGGCUCGUGAAAAACUCGAGGGGAAACACAUGGGGAGAAGCUGGCUACAUUAAGAUGGCUCGCAACAUUGCUAAUCCAAGAGGUUUAUGUGGAAUCGCGAUGCGAGCUUCAUAUCCUUUCAAGAACACGUUUUCCACCGUUAAAAGCUUCAUCGCUUAAUAAUAUGAACUAAGUGUAUGCAAGAGAUCGAGUGAGCCAACAACUUAUAAUCGACUUUGAUGGAAAAAAUAAUGUAGUCGACUGGUUUGGUUUUGUUACAUAUAUUUCGUAUUUGUAUUGGGGUCAAUGUUUGGAGUUUGUAUAAUAUUAAUGGAUGUUUCUUUGAGUCCA